CGACAGGUCCUUGUCUUACAGAGAAGAAGCUGUAUGAAGGCGGCUGUAUGUGGAGGGAUGAGGAUGGAUGAAGGAGCGGAAGGACGCUCAGCCUGUCACGGAUCGGGGGAGUUUCAGUAUUGACAGCAUGUUACAGGUCUGUCAGAUAGCAGACGACACGGAGGAGCACCGGGGAGACACCAAAACACGGACUCUCCAUCACCUGUGAGUCCCUUAUUUGGAUGAUCAAUCUGCUCCCUUGUCACAUGGUCUGCAUGCCCAACAUAAGAUGCUGCCAUCAGGUUUUCAUGGAGAUAUGUAAAUAAGACUGAGACCGACAAAGACAGACUGAUGAACUGAAGGACAGAAGAGAUUUGAUCUUAUGAGGACACUCAGCUUCUCCUGCAGCUGUGUGCUGUGCUAGAGGUCCAGCAGGAGAUUGAAGGUGUCCAGAGGCAGAGCGAUGGGCUGUGGAGGAAGCAGGACAGACGCUCUGGAGCCUCGAUACCUGGAGAGCUGGACCAAAGAGACCGAGUCCACAUGGCUGACCAGCACAGACACAGACAUCCCGCUGUCAUCCAUCCAGAGCAUCCCAUCUGAGGGUUCGGAGGCUGGUUUCAGUUCUGAGAAAACCAUCAGCCCAGUUCCAGAUUUCUUCGAGGACAGCCUUCCUCUGCCCGCUCAGGCGUACCUGAAGGUGUGUUCGGCUGUGUCUCAAGCCAGUCUGAAUGAUGUGAAGCCAAGCAGUCCCCCGGCCAUACUGGGCUCGCCCCCCAAGGAGGUGACCACGCCAUCAGCUGGCACCACAGUUCAGCGCAGAAGUGUCCUUCACACUGAGGAGAUUACAAAAUGGCAGGACAAUCGCAUGUCAACCAAGCAGGUGACCAUCACAGUGACACAGAGCAUCCAUCAGGUGGACAAGAAUGGGAAGGUGAAGAAAUCCCUCACCACCUACGAGGUCAUGAAACCUGUGGAGGCCCUCAAACAGGUGGCCACACAGAACACCUGAGGGC